AUGGUUUCCAAAGAUCACUCUCAGGGUAGGAGAAAGUGUUUCAAACGGAUCGCGUUCGAUCAGAAUGGGGGCGUAGUGCCAGCGAACUCGAAUACCAUGUCCAUCGGAUGGGACGUGCAGGAUUUUUCCCACCUGCGGGACGAGUGCGUGAAAAACAAGUGCCAUUUCGUGGAUCCUCUGUUUCCGGCCGAUGAUUCCUCGCUCUACGGACCAGAAGGGCCAAUGAAGGAAGACCAGCUAGAGGGAAAGAUCGUGUGGAAGCGUCCUACCGAGAUCUGCGAAGAGCCAAAGUUCACCACCGACGGAAUCUCACGAUUCGACAUCCAACUGGGACGACUGAAGAAUAGCUGGUUGAUCACGGCACUCGUCAGUCUCACCGCACAUCCGACCCUCCUCGACCGGGUCGUCCCGGUGGACAACUACAAGACCGAUGGCGAGGCGUAUGCCGGGAUCUAUCACUUUCGCUUCUGGCGCUUCGGUCAGUGGUACGACGUGGUGAUCGAUGAUCGACUGCCAACGGUCGGUGGUGAGCUCGUCUACAUGCGCUCUUCGGCAAAGGACGAGUUCUGGAGUGCGCUGUUGGAGAAGGCGUACGCGAAGCUUCACGGUUCGUACGCAGCACUCCAACGGGGACUCGCCGGUGAGGCAAUGGUCGAUCUGACGGGUGGUAUAUCCGAAAGCUACAGCACAAAGUAUAACUCGCAGAGUUUGCUCCCGAUCAUGGAGUGUGCGGGCCAGAGUGCGCUGGUUAGUUGCUGCAUCGACGGUAGUGCCGUGGGAACGGUGACCCCGCAGGGACUUGUCGUCGGUUACUCAUAUGCGAUCACGAAAGCGGUAACAGUGCUGCUAGAGGACGGUUCACAGUCGAUCUCGCUGGUACGCCUCCGUAGUCCGAUUGCGGACGGAAAAGAGUGGAAUGGCGAUUGGUCGGACAAGUGUGGAAAGUGGAGAAAAGUUUCACCGGAAAUGAAACGCUCGCUAGGAGCCGUAGAUCAAGCGGAUGGUGAGUUCUGGAUGUGUCUGGACAAUUUUAUCCAGCACUUCGACCGGAUGGACGUCUGCAAUCUGACCGUAACCGGAUUGAAUGCAAUCGGGCCGACGGAUGAGGCUCAUGCUGGCUGGCUGGAGAAGUGCUAUACGGGCCAGUGGGAGAAAAAUGUGUCAGCCGGUGGCUCUAUCGAUUGUUCCGAAACCCACUGGAAAAAUCCACAGUACGUGAUUGAACUGAAGCCUUCGUCAGGCGGUGAUAGUGAUGGGACAGCCGGGCGUCCGUGGACGUUGAUCGUGUCGUUAAUGCAAAAGGAGCACCGCACCAAGGCGCAGGAUGCUAGUGAAUGGUUACCGAUUGGAUUUGCGCUCUACGAGUUAGCGUCAAGCGAGGGAAUUGCGUCACCGCUGCCCAAAGAGUGGUUCGAUCAUCAGACUCGCAUCCGUUGCUGUGCCCACAAAUGUCGACGCGAAGCGACGGAGCGUUUCGAGCUGGCAGCCGGUACCUACGUCCUCAUACCUUCGACCACAAAGCCCAACCAGGUCGGUGACUUUAUGCUGCGAGUAUACUCCAGGGCUGAGAUCGGUAUGGAGGAAAAUGACUGCGUACAGUUGGCCUGUGUACCAAAGUUGAGGCCCAACGAUGCCCUAUGCGAGACGAUUCGGGGAAAGGCGGAGAAAAUGUUCAUCAGUUUUCAUAACGGGCAAGGGGAACUGGACUGGAUGCAGCUAAAGAUGGUACUCGACAAGCACUACGCGAAACAGAUCGAGUUGGUAUCGGAGGGAAUAAAAAAGGUCUACCAACGUCCAACCAACCUGACACAUCCUGACGUGAAAACAAAGCUCAGUGCUAGCAAAACCGAGAGCGGUUACUCGGCAUCGUUCGAAUGCGAGGGCAUCUUUAAUUUAAUCCUAUGCUGUUUCCCCCGUGCAUCGCCUGGGGAAUUGGAACCAUUCAAUGAUGAAGUGGAGUUGAUAGCCAAGGAUGCGGGACCUCCGGGCUUCUCCAAGGAUACCUGUCGCAUGAUGAUCGCCAUGUUGGAUGAGGAUGAUUCCGCAACGCUGGGGAAGCGUGAAUUUCUAAAGCUAAUCGCCAUGAUCGAACAACUAAAGAAGGAUUUCGAAUAUUUCGACACCGACCAGAGUGGCUCACUGGAUAGUCCCGAGCUUAAGAACGCCCUGCGACAGUCGUCAGGCAUCACGCUCAACAGGGAAAUUUUAACGAUACUGAUGCGACGCUAUAGUACGAGGGGUGAGAAAAUUUGGUUUGACGAUUACAUUGCACUAGUGUUCAAGAUGCAAACGAUACGUGGCCAUAUGAUCAACACCGGUUGGAACCCGAAGGAAAAACUGAGUCCGAAGAUGCAGAAUUUCCUUCUCACUAUGUUCAAAUUGUAGCAAAAUAAUUUGGAAGAAUC